AUGAUGACGCUAAAUGAACGUCCCGCCCGAAAAGCGAAGCGAGCGGAUGUAGACUACGCGGUUCUUUCUUCCGGCCAACAAAUUCCCGAGUAUUCCACCGAAGAGGACGACUCGGAUGACGAAAGCUACGGUUUUCAAAAGAAAAAGCGACGUAAACAAUCAGUCGAGUGCUUUAUCUGCCGCCGACCGUCUAGAUCCUACAAAGCCACAUUGUUACAAUGUGAUAGUUGUUCAAGACUGUAUCAUGCAGCUUGUGGUAAACCCUUCCAGUCGGCAUCAAUUUUGGGCAAUACAAGCUGCUACGUUUGUCUUCAGGAAUCCAAAGUAAACUCUUUGAGUGCUCAACCUCGCAAGACCAUGCAUUCAAUCGCUGACUUUAUCAAGGUUCUGAAGAACGCCAAGAAAAUAGUCGUCAUCACUGGAGCAGGGAUCAGUGUAUCGUGCGGUAUACCCGACUUUCGCUCAAAAAACGGUAUUUAUGCCAUGGCACGUAAAAUGGAUGCAAUGCUACCGGAACCGGAAUGUCUUUUCCAAAUUGACUACUUUCGCGAUGACCCGGCACCUUUUUUCGAAGUAGUGCGCAAUGCUUUUGCCAAUUCACCCAAGCCGUCACCGACGCAUUGGUUUUUAAAGCUGCUGCAGGACAAAAAAAAGUUACUACGCGUGUAUACUCAAAAUAUUGAUGGAUUGGAGGAAGCGGCCGGAGUGACGAGAUGUAUUCCUUGCCACGGCAGUUUCGCUUAUUCGGCAUGCAUGCGGUGCAAGAAGCGCGUGCUGACGACCACAUUGAUGCCUGUAAUCCAGGCAGGAAUGAUUCCGUCGUGCUCCGAGCCAAAUUGCCGCGGUGUGCUGAAGCCAGAGAUUACUUUUUUUGGUGAGACUCUGGAUGACAAAGUGAGUACAACUAUAACAAAAGACCGCUUGCAGGCUGAUCUGCUUCUUGUCAUCGGGACAUCACUUAAAGUUGCUCCAGUUAUGGAGAUUCCAGGAUAUUUACCCUCACAUAUACCUCAGGUGGUAAUCAACAUGACAGCGCUGAGAAAAAGCAAGUUACAAUCCAAAAAUUGCUUGACAGAUGGUAAAAUGAGUCGAGCAAGUCGUAAGCAGGUCGACAUUGAUGCGACAGAUGAUGAAGAGGAGUUUGAUAUGUCGCUGCUGGGAGACUGUGAUGAUAUAACCCGAUAUAUUUGCGACCAAGCCGGAUGGCAUCUCGAUCCAAAGGCGGUUGAAGCAGCAAAGAACAAGCCCGUCAUGCGUAGUAGGCAGGUCAUAUCACAUCAUGAUUCUUCUAACAAGAGAGUUUAUUGCUUCGGGGAAUGCCAGUGCAAAAACAAACUUGCUGUUGGUAUGGACGACGACGAAGAAGAGGAAAACAAAGAGGAGGAGGAGGGAGAACUUGAAGACGAUACAGUGUGUAAUCGGUGCGAGGAGCGCAUUGAUACGGAUACGGAGCCCAGUUCUAGCAGCAAGAAUAUUCACUAUCGCUGCAAUGAUUGCUUCGACUACGAUUUAUGCGGAGAUUGUUAUUCAAAGACAUCAAUGGUGGAUACACAAGCAACAUGUAGGCGGUUGGAAAACUAUAGACGCAUGCAUCAUAAAAGUGGAAUAGCAGAGAAGAAAGCGUCGCAAUUAAACAGAGCAAAGUUUAUGCUCGUAUGUUACGUACUGAAGGUGGGCAGGUGA